AUGGUUUCCAAUACUCAACCAGCCACAAUGGCGGUUAGCUCCUUUGCCCGCAUGCUCAAGGGCCAGGUCCGAUGCUACUCCGCACCUUUGGAUAUGGCUAUUCCGGCCUCCAAGCAGCGCUACAUUCCCACAUCUGGCACCUACCCUCAAGGAUUCAAGGUCUCUGGCACCCAUGUGGGUGUAAAGGCAUCCAACACCCGCUUCCCCGAUCUCGCGCUCAUUGCAUCGGAGACGCCAUGCUCGGCCGCCGCAGUUUUCACUACCAAUAAGUUCCAGGCUGCGCCGGUGCAAGUUAGCAGGGAAACACUGCGGAGCCGCAAGGGCGAGGGCAUUCGGGCUGUGGUGAUCAACUCUGGAUGUGCCAAUGCGGUGACUGGAAAAGGUGGAUUGGAGGAUGCGGUGCAGAUGGGUCUAACAGUUGAUGAGUGCAGUGGGGUUGAAAAGAACAGCUCGCUCGUCAUGAGUACCGGUGUCAUUGGACAGCGACUACCAAUUAGCAAGAUCCUCGACCGUAUCCCCACUGCAUACAGCAACCUUGACUCAACGCACGAUGCCUGGCUUACUACCGCCCGUGCCAUCUGCACCACCGAUACAUUCCCUAAGCUCAUCUCUCGCUCAUUCAACCUACCUUCAUCCCCAGAUCGCACCUACAGCCUAGCCGGUAUGACCAAGGGCGCCGGCAUGAUUCAUCCAAACAUGGCAACUCUACUAGGCGUCCUAUGCACCGACGCAGCAGUCGAGCCCUCUGCUCUGCAAUCGAUCCUCAAGCACGCCGUCUCCCGUUCCUUCAACUCGAUUUCCGUUGACGGCGACACCAGCACUAACGACACCAUCGCUGUCCUGGCCAAUGGAGCUGCUGGCGGCGAGACCGUGCGCGCACCUUCAUCUUCCUCCGAGCCUAGCGCCGACUACCAGGCCCUGCAGACUGUUUUUACCGAUUUUGCUCAAGAGCUUUCCCAGCUGGUCGUCCGUGACGGCGAGGGCGCUACCAAAUUCGUUACUGUUCGCGUGCGCAACUCGCCCGACUAUGAGUCUGCGCGUUUGAUUGCUUCGACAAUUGCGCGAUCCCCGCUUGUCAAGACCGCCCUGUACGGCCGUGACGCCAACUGGGGUCGCAUUCUUUGCGCGGUUGGCUACACCCAGGGUGUUACUGAUGGGACUGUUGUACCCGAGCGUACUUCUGUCAGCUUCCGUCCUGUUGAUGGCAGCCCUAUUUUGAAGUUGCUAGUUAACGGUGAGCCAGAGUCUGUCGAUGAGGAGCGUGCUAGUGCCAUUCUUCAGAACGAGGAUCUGGAGAUCGAGAUUGAUCUUGGCGGUGGCGAGAAGGGCGCUGCUGGUUGCGGUGGAGAAGAUGCUGUGUACUGGUUCUGCGAUUUCAGCCACGAGUACGUGACUAUUAACGGCGAUUACCGGACUUAA